CCUUAGACCUUGUUGAAACUUGAAAGGUAUAUGAACUCCGUGUGCUAAGAAUAAAAGAAAAACAAACUAGUGACAAAAAUGUAUUUAUCGAACAGAACAAGGACCUGACGUGUAACUAUGUAGUAUUCAAGUAUAUUUCGAAUCAAUAAACGGCCGUAACUCGGAUCGGAACGGAGCAACAAUUGACAAAUGGCUCUCAUAAAACCCGCCACAUGCUCCAUCGUAUCUCUUCUGCCGUUUCACCGUCAUCCUACACACAAAUACUUCAAAACCAUCUUCACCGUCACCGCCCACCGAUCAACCAAACACUCGUUAACCGUUUUCACAAGUGAGAAGCAGCAGAACAUGGAGAGUACGAUUGAUAACAGCUACAUUAUUGUUGGUACUUUCUCCGUUUCACUCUUAGGUUUUCUUGUUCUAUCCGUUCUCCGACGUCGUACCAGCAACUCAGUCAUUCACUCUAGGAAGAUUGUUUCCGGCGUUGUUAGAAAUCGAACCUAUUCCACACCAGGAGAGUUCCGUCGCCGGUUUGGAUCUGCAGAUGCUGACGUCAUAAUCGUCGGAGCUGGUAUCGCCGGUGCCGCCCUUGCUUAUGCCCUAGGCAAGGAAGGAUGUAAAAUUCGUGUGAUUGAGCGAGAUUUAACCGAGCCGGAUAGGAUUGUAGGUGAAUUGCUACAACCGGGUGGAUACCUUAAGCUGAUUGAGUUGGGUCUUGAAGACUGUGUGGAGGAUAUAGAUAGUCAGAGGGUCCUUGGAUAUGCUCUUUUUAAAGAUGGAAAGAGCACUAAGUUAUCAUAUUCUCUAGAGAAAUUUCAUUCUAAAGUUUCGGGUCGAAGCUUUCACAAUGGGCGGUUCAUUCGUAGGAUGCGAGAAAAAGCCGCUGCUCUUCCUAAUGUAGAACUGACGCAAGGCACUGUGACAUCCCUUGUCGAAGAUGAAGGAAUUAUUAGAGGCGUUCAGUAUAAAACUAAAUCUGGUGAAGUUAUGCAAGCGUUUGCGCCUCUUACAGUUGUCUGUGAUGGCUGUUUCUCUAACUUGCGCCGUUCUCUCUGCAAGCCACAGGUUGAUGUUCCCUCAUGCUUUGUGGGGCUGGUUUUGGAGAACUGCGAGCUUCCAUAUCCAAAUCACGGGCAUGUCAUUUUAGCAGAUCCUUCACCAAUCCUGUUUUAUCCGAUUAGCAGCAGUGAGAUUCGUUGUUUAGUUGAUAUACCCGGUCAAAAACUUCCUUCUCUUCGUAAUGGUGACAUGGCAAAAUAUUUGAAAUCCAUUGUGGCCCCGCAGGUUCCGCGUGAGCUGCAUGACGCUUUUAUAGAUUCUGUUGAUUCAGGGAAUAUAAAAAUAAUGCCAAACAGUAACAUGCCCGCUCCUCCUGUUCGGACACCUGGCGCGCUUUUGUUAGGUGAUGCUUUCAACAUGCGUCAUCCUUUGACCGGUGGAGGGAUGACCGUCGCACUCUCUGACGUCGUUGUGUUACGAGACCAUCUUAAAACGUUGCGUGAUUUCACCGACACGAAUUUACUCACCAAAUAUCUUGAAUCAUUCUACACGCUACGUAAGCCAGUGGCUUCGACAAUAAAUACAUUAGCUGGGGCUCUGUACAAAGUGUUUUGUGCAUCUCCUGACCAAGCAAUGAAGGAAAUGCGGGACGCGUGUUUUGAUUAUUUAAGCCUAGGAGGUGGUUGUUCAUCUGGGCCUGUUGGACUACUUUCCGGGCUAAACCCGAGCCCAGUGUGGCUAGUUCUUCAUUUCUUUGCUGUAGCUGUUUAUGGGUUUGGUCGUCUGUUGCUACCUCUACCCACCCCUAAGCGGUUAUGGAUCGCGGUUCGGUUAAUUCUGGGUGCAGCAGGGAUAAUUUUUCCUAUUAUUAAAGCGGAAGGAGUCAGGCAAAUGUUCUUUCCUGCUAGUGUGCUUGCAUAUCAUAGAGCUCCUCCAAAGAAAGGUUCACAAUGAUAUUGGUUGAAAAAUAAGUAUAUAGCUUAUUAUGUACCAUGUUAGAUUGUUUAGUGCUUGAGAUGUAAAUUUUUUUUUUUUUUUUGUGUGUGUGUGUGUGUGGGGGGGGGGGGGGGGGGAUAUGUGUAUAUGUAGCAAGUAGUAGUUGCAGAUGCAUAUGUCAAGUAGCGUUUUUAGUACGAAAGAGAAAACAUCAUCUUUACGUCUGUAACGAUACAAAUGUGUUAGGACUGAGUUAGAAGGGUCUGGAUGUAAAUAAUCAACCAACUUACUGCCGGUUAGUUAAGGUGGGUGAGUCGGUUAAUCAGUAAGUGUACUUGAACGAUUGUAUCAAAUGAGAAUAUGUAGUAAGUGUUUGUGAUUGAA